AUGAGCUGUUGUAGCACCUUCCUCUUGCCACCACCAUCCAAGAGCCCAUACCAUUACCAGACCCCCUGCAUUCAACCACCAUCCAAGAGCCCAUACCAUUACCAGACCCCCUGCAUUCAACCACCAUCCAAGAGCCCAUACCAUUACCAGACCCCCUGCAUUCAACCACCAUCCAAGAGCCCAUACCAUUACCAGACCCCCUGCAUUCAACCACCAUCCAAGAGCCCGUACCAUUACCAGACCCCCUGCAUUCAACCACCAUCCAAGAGCCCGUACCAUUACCAGACCCCCUGCAUUCAACCACCAUCCAAGAGCCCAUACCAUUACCAGACCCCCUGCAUUCAACCAUCAUCCAAGAGCCCAUACCAUUACCAGACCCCCUGCAUUCAACCACCAUCCAAGAGCCCAUACCAUUACCAGACCCCCUGCAUUCAACCACCAUCCAAGAGCCCGUACCAUUACCAGACCCCCUGCAUUCAACCACCAUCCAAGAGCCCAUACCAUUACCAGACCCCCUGCAUUCAACCAUCAUCCAAGAGCCCAUACCAUUACCAGACCCCCUGCAUUCAACCACCAUCCAAGAGCCCAUACCAUUACCAGACCCUCUGCAUUCCACAGUAG